AUGGAUUUCGAGCAAUCAGACUAAUUUACUUAGAGAGUAGAACAAAUUAUCAGGAAUUUCUUACAUAUUCCAGGAGAGGACAAUCCGAACUGGAAGGAGAUCGGUUAAAAAUUAGAUCAAUUUUAAAGUUAAUUGGAAGAAGCACAAAUGAGGAUCCUCCAAUAUCUAAAGUCUAGUUUUGAAGCAAUCCUAGAGCAAUUAUAAUGUGAUUUAGGAGGCACUUAAAUAUAGAAUCUAUCAACGAGUUCAAUAAACCAAUAAAACCAUCCUCUGAAGACUGAUGACUUAAAGGUGAAUGAGAGAAUAAAUCAAAUUGGGUUGAAUGUGUACGAGAUUGAGAAAAACUUAGACAUUAAAAUUGAUUUGCUCGGCAACAAGGUAGAGAGCAUAAAGAUAGAGAGAGAGGAAUUGCAAGAGCAGAUUAAAUCUAUUGAUGCUCGUAUGGAAUCGUAAUGGCAAGGGUUGGCCAAUGUCUCUGAUCAAUUCUGGCAAUUCAAGAAGCAAUUUGAGCCUCUUUUAAUUGGAACGUAACAACAGAAAAAAAAAUUCUCGCUAUUUACAUGA